AACAGAAAAUUUUUUUACAAAAAUUUUAUUUUCACUAAAAUAAACAAAUUUUUUUUAUUUUAUUCGAAUAAUGUGUUCUCCUUGCGGACCAUGCAGCCCCUGUGAUCCUUGCUGUGGACCUUUUGAGUGCUCUCCAAAAUGUUACAACUCAGCUCAGCUGGAGGCGUUGCCACAGUGUGCACCACGCAUUCCGCCACCAUUUCCCAAAUGCAUAACGGUACAACAGCCCCCCCGCCUCAUCUGCAAGAAGCGAGUGGUUUUCACGGAAAAGAUCGUGCCGGAGCCAAUGGUCGUGAAUCGUUGCAGGCAAAUAACGGUUCCGAAAGUUGUGGAUGCUACCAGGGUCAUUAAGGUGCCAAAACUUAUUUGGGUCUCCCAAAUGGUUCGCGAGCCUCGAGUGAUAUAUUACCCAUCGAUGAUACCAGAUCCGUAUGUCGUCUGCUAUCCAAAGCGGAUUUGUGAGCCGCGAGAAGUCUGCCAGUCGAUACUGUGUCAACCCAAGCCACAAACUAUCGACAUACCUCCGCCAAGGGAAUACUGUUGUUACCCAAACGGACCGAUUAACUAUAAGCCAAGUGCCGCUUGUCCACCUUGUCCAAUCGGACCAUGUGCUCCGGGUGGCGCCUGUUGCCCACUUCCCUGCUUUUCCACGAAUCAGUAUCCAGUGUGCGAGACACGUUGCGGACCCUGCGGGCCAUGCGGACCUGGUGGACCGUGUGGACCAUGUGGACCCCGUGGAGGGUGUGGACCCUGUGGACCAGGCCCUUGUGGACCAGGUGGACCAUGUGGACCUUGUGGGCCCUGUGGUGGAACUUGUGCUGUACCAAAUUGUGGACCAUGUGGAUUGACAAUGCCAUCGGGUCCAUUUAUACCCGCACCUUGUGGUCCGUGCGGAUCGGGUUGCGGACCCUUGUCGAAUGGGCCAUGUGGUCCACGUGGACCAUGCGGUCCGUGCUCACCUCCCUGCCCCUACGAAUCGCCCGAGUGUGGUCCUUGUUAUCCUUGCGCGCCAACGCCAUGGAAUACGCACUGCGGACCUGUUGGACCCUGUGGUCCUCAAGUUCCUUGUGGUCCUUGUGGUCCUUGUUAAUCACCUUCGUAAUCAUCCUUGUAACUCUAACCCAUGAUGGUGACAAAAUUGAUAUUUACGUGAAUAAAUACUUAUAUGCUUCUUUAA